AUGGCUUUCCUGCGGAUCGGUGCAGAGCGGAGCACCUCGACGCGGCCGUCGCUCCUUUUUCACCUCUUUUGCUUUUUCACUCUGAGCCAAAGCGUGCUUUUCAAGGAUGCUGCUGACGGCGCUGAGUCUCACCAAGACGCGUCCGACCUGCUCCGAUCCCUCAGUUUACCUCAACACACAGAAUAUGAGAUAGUGUCUCCCUUUGAGGUCAACCACGACGGUGUUUACGUCUCUCACGAAGUUGCCCACAACCAGCGCAGAAGGCGACGCCGAUCCUUGGCCGGCUCAUCACAAACCGACGGUGGCAGUGAGACGGUCCACUUCCGACUGAGUGGCUUGGGGCAGGACUUCCACAUGGAGCUGAGGGAGGCCUCGGAGCGCCUGAUUGCACCUGGCUUCACCGUCCAGGUCCUGGGAAAGAACGGCACAAAGAGCCUGAGGGCCUACCACCAGGACGACCUCUGCUUUUACCAGGGGUCGCUGAGGUCAAAGGUCAACUCCUCGGUGGCAUUGUCCACAUGCACGGGAAUGUCAGGUUUGAUCAGAACACAGGAAGCAGACUAUUUCCUGAGACCCGUGUCCCACCGCUUGGCCCAGAGAGGAAACUUCACAGCACCCUCCAGCCACCAGCCACACAUCCUCUACAAGAGCGAGAGGGACUCCCGUGCAGAGCCGAGAGGUCACGACCCCCGGGUGCUUCGGAAGAGAUCCCCGGAUUCGACUCAUCGCGAGUCGCACCGACACUUUGUCACCAAGAGGUCCACCGACUCACGGGCAGACGCCACCGCCUACGGCGCGGCGCGGGAAGAUCAACGGGCCGACGUCGGUCACGCGGACCAGAUGGAGCGCCGUGACGAUGACCACAAACACGGGGAGAAGCAGAGGCAACACUUCUGCGGGAGACGGAAGAAAUACAUGCCCAAACCUCCAGAAGAGGACGCCUUCAUCCUCCCAGACGAGUACAAGUUCAUCAUCCCGAGGAACAAAAGAGCGGCGCCGAUGAAGAACCAGGCCAAUCAGAAGCUCAACGUGGAGACGCUGGUGGUGGUGGACAGACGGAUGAUGGACAACCACGGUCACGAGAACAUUACCACUUAUGUUCUUACUGUGCUUAAUAUGGUCUCCAGUCUCUUCAAAGACGGUACAAUAGGGGGGAACAUCAACAUAGUGAUAGUCGGCCUUGUGCUUCUAGAUGAAGAGCAGGACGGUUUGGUGAUCAACCACCAUGCGGACCACACGCUGAACAGCUUCUGCCACUGGCAGUCCACACUGGGAGGCAGAGAGGGCCGGCACCACGACCACGCCAUCCUGCUCACGGGACUCGACAUCUGCUCUUGGAAGAAUGAACCCUGUGACACUCUUGGUUUUGCUCCAAUUAGUGGGAUGUGCAGCAAGUACCGGAGCUGUACCAUUAAUGAGGACACGGGCCUCGGUCUGGCUUUCACUAUCGCGCAUGAAUCCGGACACAAUUUUGGAAUGGUCCACGAUGGGGAAGGGAACGUUUGUAAGAAGUCAGAAGGCAACAUCAUGUCUCCCACGUUAGCCGGUCACAACGGUAUCUUCUCCUGGUCGGACUGCAGCCGCCAGUACCUCAGCCGCUUCCUCAACUCUGCCCAGGCCGUGUGCUUAUCAGAUGAACCCCGAGCGGUCAAGGAGUAUCGGUACCCCGAGAAGCUGCCCGGCGAGCUGUACGAUGCAGACACGCAGUGCAAAUGGCAAUUUGGGGAGAAGGCCAAACUCUGCACCCUGGACUUUAAGAAGGAUAUCUGCAAGGCUCUGUGGUGCCACCGCGUUGGGAGGAAGUGUGAGACCAAGUUCAUGCCAGCUGCUGAAGGCUCUGCCUGCGGCCCUGAUAUGUGGUGUCGUAGGGGCCAGUGUGUGAAGCAGGGCGACGAGGGCCCGAGGCCUCAGCAUGGCCAGUGGUCCGAGUGGUCGGCCUGGUCGGCCUGCUCGCGAAGCUGUGAGAGCGGAGUCACCUAUCGGGAGCGCCAGUGCAACAACCCGAGACCGGCAUACGGAGGGAGGUUCUGUGAGGGCUCCUUCAGGUCGUACAAACUGUGCAACACUGAGGAUUGUCCCCCCAACACCGCUGAGUACCGAGCGCAGCAGUGUGCCGAGUUCAACGGCAAACAGUUCAGAGGAUGGUACUACAGCUGGAGGCCGUACACCAGAGUGGACGAUCAAGAUGUAUGUAAGCUGUACUGCUUCGCUGAGGGAUAUGAUUUCUUCUUUGCUCUGGCCAGCAAAGUCAAGGAUGGGACGCUCUGCUCUCAGGACAGCUCUAACGUCUGUAUCGACGGACUGUGUGAGAAAGUGGGCUGUGACCGUGUCUUGGGCUCCACGGCUGUACCUGAUGCUUGCGGGCUGUGUAGCGGAGACAACUCCACCUGCAAGAUCUACAAAGGACAGUACAGCAAGCAGCAUUACACCAACCAGUACUAUGGGGUGGUAACAAUCCCAGCAGGAGCUCGGAGUAUCCGCGUGAUGGAACUGAAUACGUCCAGCUCCUACCUGGCUGUCAGGGACACCCAGAGACGUUACUACCUGAACGGCCGCUGGACAGUGGACUGGCCGGGCCGACACCCCAUCGCUGGAGCUAUUUUUGAGUACAAGAGACCCUACAACAGACCAGAGAGCUUCAUAUCAACCGGCCCCACGAAUGAGACACUGGUCAUAGAGAUACUGUUGCAGGGCAGGAACCCAGGUGUACGUUGGGAAUACACUCUGAAGAAAACUGAUGAGAAAAAGAACCACAUCAAACACAACUAUACAUGGGCCAUCAUACGCUCCCAAUGCUCAGCGACUUGUGCCGGGGGUCAGAUGAACACCAAGGCAGCCUGCUACAAAGACUUGAGAGUGCAAGUGAAUACAUCCUACUGCAAUGCCAGAUCAACACCGGCUACUGGACUGAUGCCCUGCAACACCCAACCAUGUCCCGCCAGCUGGUCUGUAGGAGAGUGGGGGGGCUGCAGUCGGAGCUGUGGAGGAGGGGAGCAGACGCGACAGGUCCAGUGUGUCCAGAGGACCAGCCAAACCAACGUAGACGCCCCGGCCGACUCUCACUGUGCCCGGCCCCCUCCAGCCAGGAGGCAAGCCUGCAGCGCACACAGCUGUCCACCGGUCUGGACCACCGGGCCAUGGUCACAGUGUUCUCGUAAGUGUGGCAGCGGCCUGAGGAAGAGGACGGUGCUGUGUACGAGCAGCGACCCAGCUGCCCGGACGCACACGCUGACGGACAGUCUGUGCGCCGGCCCGUCGAAGCCCAGCAGUCAGGAAACCUGUUUCAUCAAGCGCUGCCAGAAACAACGCAAAGUCCAAUGGUUUGUCUCCACGUGGCAAGAGUGUUCGGUAACAUGUGGCCGUGGCUCUCAGACACGCUUCAUCAAGUGUGCAGAGAAGGACACUGCAGGAAAGUACAGAGAGCUUGCUGCCAAGAAGUGCCACCACAUCCCCAAGCCCACAGUAGAGCUCCAGAGGCCCUGCAUCCUGGCUGAGUGCCCCGUCCGCACCACCCCACCGGUCCACCGAUGGGGCAUGCAUCAUCUCACCCAUCCACCUCAACCCCUCCCUCCACCUCCGCCUCGAGCAGACUGGCACUCGUCUCCUUGGUCUCAGUGCACGGUGACGUGUGGUGGGGGAGUGCAGGCCAGGACAGUCCAAUGUCUGGUCCAAGGGAAGCCCUCUCCUGGCUGUGCCCUCCAUCUUAAACCCUCAAUGUCCCAGGCCUGCAACACAAACUUCUGCCCGCAACCGGAGAAGAAAGACCUCGUAUGUAGGGAUUACUUCAACUGGUGUUACCUGGUGCCCCAGCAUGGAGUCUGCAACCACAAGUUCUACGGAAAGCAGUGCUGUCACUCAUGUUCAAAUUCAAACCUAUAA